AUGACAACGGCGAGCGGUUCUUCUCCGUCUACGGCAUCUAGCGGUAGGAAAGGCAUUUACCAGCCUAUCGUUAUUGGAGGAGAUGAGCUGGAAGACGAAGGAGCCCACGAGCUGGCACUACAAACGUUCUACCAAGAAGAAGACCAGUACGACGACCUUCACCGACGGUGGUACCGGACGAGCAAGGAAGGCCGCGAGUUGAUGGAGAAAGACGGACUGGUGUGGAAGAAGGGGAGAUGGUCGGUCCAGGAACUCAGGCUACUCAAACGUAACGUCAAGGCCUUCAUGAAGGAGAACAGAGUAAAGGAGAUUGCCACGUUCAUUCUGAGCAUGGGUAGAUCCAACCACAGGAGAGAACAUCGCAAUUUCUACCAGUUUAUAGGGAAAGGGAUCCAGAGGCCGCUGUUUUUCAUCUACAGGAAGGCAAUACAGGUGUUCAAUGUCCAGAACUAUGUUGGGAGGUGGACUGAGGAGAUGGACAGGGAACUGAUGAGGCUGCGCGAAAUUCACGGGAACAGAUGGGCCGAGAUUGGGAGACACAUGGGAACAACCGGCCGUGCCGUACUCGAUCGUUUCCGGAGCCUCAGGAACCCUAGAAAGGGCGGGCGAUGGAGCGAAGAGGAAGAACAAAAGCUGUUUGACGUGAUGGCCACACUCCGACAGGAACAUGGUGGAGAAGGGGAUGAUCUUCCCCCUAGUGUCAGCUGGAGAGACGUAGCCUCAAAGGUCGGGACCCGAACUGAAAUGCAGUGCCACCAGAAAUGGGUUUCGAGUCUCUCGUGGAAGAGGAGUCCAGAGGCAGGCGUGAAAUGGACAAAGUCGGACGACCUGAAGUUGAUCUGUGUCCUGGCGUCGCUGGAGGGGGUGGAGGAAGAGGAGGAGGUUGACUGGGAGGGGCUGUGCGAAGGGUGGCCAGCCGCACACAACGCUCACUACCUGCGGAUGAAAUGGGGAGCUGUUCGUAGGGACGUACCCCACUACAACGUACAGACACUGCAAGAGAACCUGGAGUACCUCAUGUCAAAUAGGGUCCCAGCAACUGACUGAAAGAAAUAACUUCACAAAUCAUUCACCUUCACCAUUGCAAAUAUGUUGUGUAUAUACAAUGAACU